AACCUCAACAAUGCCCCUUGCAGCAAUCGCACAAUUCACAUCCACCAACAUCCUCGCCCAGAACCUCAAAAUAUGCCAAAAUUUCAUACGUACUGCAGCUUCCAAAGGCGCCGUUGUUCUCUUCCUCCCCGAAGCCUCGGAUUACAUUUCCAGUAGUGCCGAAGAGUCACUCUCGCUCUGCCAGCCCGUCGACACAUCUCCCUUCGUCCUUGGCUUACGGGAGGAAGCGAAGAAAUACGCUUUGGCAGUUGGCGUUGGCAUACACGAGCCCACGGCCGAUGGGUUGAAAGAGAGGGUCCGGAACACGAGUAUUUGGAUUAAUGGGCAGGGUGAGAUUACACAGAGGUACCAGAAGGUGCAUGUGUUUGAUGUGGAUAUUGAGGGGGGGCCGAGAAUUCUUGAGAGUCGGUAGGUAGUAUUUCCGACCGGGAAGUUGCACUGUUCUAACAGCUGAGGUACAUAGGAGUACAGAGCCCGGAGCUUCGCUGACACCCCCAUUUGAUACACCCAUUGGGAAGUUGGGCUUAUUGAUCUGCUUUGACGUUCUCCUCCACCCUUCUAUUCUCGGGAAUCCCGACGGCUAAGCCUGGUAACAGCUUCGGUUCCCCGAAGUCUCACUGACCCUCCGGCGCCAGGGGGCUUCAAUCCUAACCUACCCCUCGGCAUUCACAGUUCCUACCGGACAGGCUCAUUGGGAAACACUACUGCGCGCCCGAGCGAUCGAAACACAGAGUUGGGUUAUCGCCGCAGCCCAAGUCGGCGAGCAUAACGAGAAGAGGAGGAGCUAUGGACAUGCGAUGGCAGUAGACCCUUGGGGGACAGUAGUUGCAGAGUGCGUAGAAGAGAAGGAGGAUAUAUGCUUUGCCGAAAUAGACAGCCAAAUAAUAGAGAGGGUCAGGAGAGAGGUUCCUUUGAAGAGAAGAUUGUCAGUUCCCCGUUCAUCCUUAAGUAGGGGUUUCUCUACUAACAGAUAUGGUACAGCGAUGUCUACCCAGAGGUUUAAACCCCUGCUAAAUAGGCAGUAGGCAGGAGAGAUGCCCGGGCAUCUUGUGCCCCAGAUUUUAGAAUUGUUUAUUUUGUAGAGAACUUAUAGACCACGACCUGCUUGGUAUCUUUGGGAGAGUGAUUUUCCACAAUUGUACCAGUGAUCGUCCAUAUUUACUCCACCCGACCAACGGGGCUGAGCAAGUGGUGAGGGAAUAUUCACACAUCCAGGGCCCACAUGAAAAUUCACCCAAGCUUCCACAAACCCCAUUGUUCCCAUACGGAGCCGUAAAUCAGUCUCGAAUUUCAAAGAAGACGCAGCGGGGGCGGUCCCACUUCCCCUUAUCACAACUAUAAAAUCCCCAGUUAUCCUAUUCUAGACUAGAUAUUAUGCGACAUUAUAAAACUUCCGCCCCGUUCCUCAGUUGAUUUCGAAUCCAUCGCCAGAAGCCCUCCCAUAUACCGAAUUGAUCCAGCCACGAAUUCAAAAUAUGGCCCCCAUCUCGGAUGGGUACCGUUUCCGUUACCAGCACCUUUAGCGGUGUUUGCGCCUCGCGAGGUCCUAAGGUCCUCGCCACUCUCCGUUAUUUAUAGCCCCUGUGUCUUUUAUCUCUUGAGAUAUCAGACAAGCCAUUCUUGCCUCGUCUCGGUGAUUCCCAUAACCAUGCAACAGUUGAUUUUGUUGAAUACACGAGAACGGAUACGUACAGGCAUUGUGAACAUUCCCAGAUACACGCGACUCCCCAUGUACCUCUGAUACCUGGCACUCAGGUCUGCGACUCAUCAGUUCCGUAAAACCCUCGUAACAAUUAUUGAUACUCCCGUUCGAUCAACCACAAUUUCCAACAGAUUUUCCAGUUCACACACGAGUGAUGGUGGAUGAUUACAUACAGCACCGCCAGGGGGGGGCUCAAACCCCUUCUAUCGGCUUCCGCUUCGUCGCUCGAGUCCAU